UAAACAGAAUAGUCGAGUCGCCUUCGAUUGGCUCCGAUUUUUGGUUGUGUAUGGAUGCGGCGGUAGUGAGUGCGAGGGAAUUCUAAUUUUCUAGCUAAUAUUAUUUCAAGGUGUAAAGAUUUUUACAACUUGUAGUCAUGGCUGAAGAGUCAUUAAAGUUUGACUUGCGAGAAAUGAAGAUUGAAAUUAGGAAAGCAAUGCGACAAUGUCAGUGUCGCGGCCUCAUUCAAACAACUAAAUGGCUUUCAGAGUUAAAUUUUGCUCUUCAAGAUGUGAAAUUGACACUUGGUGAUGUUCCUCCAGAAAUACCUGAUCCGGAAGAAGAACAGGAAUUAGAUAGUUAUUUGCUAGCGAAAAGCUUUUUUGAUGUCAAAGAAUAUGACAGAUGCGCACAUUUUACUGAAUGGUGUCGAUCUCCUAAAACUAGAUUUUUACAUUUAUACUCACGAUAUCUCUCUGGAGAAAAGAAGAAACUCGAGAAUACAAGAGACUCCUCUUGUCCAAAUGAUCCUGUUCAUAGUGCCAAUUUACGUGACCUCAUGUCUGAACUCAAGAGAGAUUACUUAAGUCACCGAUUGGAUGGAUUUGGAUUAUAUUUGUAUGGUGUUGUUCUCAAAUUACUGGAUUUACAAAAGGAAUCCUUGGAUGUUUUUGUGGAAUCUAUACAUAAAGAACCACUGCACUGGGGAGCAUGGCUGGAAAUGGCCACUUUGAUUCCAGACCGCUCAAAGUUAAAUUCUCUUCAUCUACCUGAUCAUUGGAUGAAACAGUUCUUCCUAGGACACACAUAUUUGGACCAACAGUUAAACGAUGAAGCUUUAGAUAUAUAUUGGAUGUUGCGACAAAAUGGAUUUGAGAACAGUCAUUACAUUCUAGCUCAGACUGCCAUUGCAUUCCAUAACAGAAGAGAUGUGGAUAUGGCAAUUCAAACAUUUCGCCAACUGCAGAGGAUGGACCCAUGUCGUCUUGAUAACUUGGACACAUAUUCCAAUUUAUUGUAUGUGCAAGAAAUGCGAGUGGACCUGGCUCAUCUUGCCCAUCAAGCCUGUGAAAUUGAUAAAUACCGAGUUGAAACAUGCUGUGUUAUUGGAAACUACUACAGUUUGAGAUCUGAACACCAAAAAGCAGUUUUGUAUUUCCAAAGAGCUCUUAAACUUAAUCCCAGAUACCACUCAGCAUGGACUCUCAUUGGACAUGAAUUCAUGGAAAUGAAAAACACGAAUGCUGCUAUUCAAAGUUACAGACAAGCCAUAGAAGUUAAUAGGAGAGAUUAUCGUGCUUGGUAUGGAUUGGGACAAACAUAUGAAAUUUUGAAAAUGAUGUUUUAUUGCUUAUACUAUUACAAGCAGGCCCAACAACUUCGCCCUAAUGAUAGUAGAAUGCUCAUUGCCCUUGGUGAAGCUUACGAGAAAAUGGAGAAAAUUAAAGAUGCCUUAAAAUGUUAUUUUCGUGCUCGAAGUGUUGGGGAUAUAGAAGGAACUGCUCUUCUAAAAUUAGCUAAGUUGUAUGACAAACUCAAUCAAACAGAACAUGCUGCUGAAGCUUUUAACGAGUAUGUGCGAGAUUGUGAAAGUCGACAAGUUGGUGACAAGAGUGAACUCAGCCAAGCAUUCAAACAUUUGGCGAACUAUUACAUAAAAAGAAAUCAAGUUGAUGAAGCAUACCAGUAUGCUCAGAAAUGUUUGGAGUAUGAAGAGACAAAAGAAGAAGGCAAGGCUCUGCUAAGGACGAUAGCUCAGAGGAGGAGUCAGCAGGAAGAGGGGGACAUGCAAGUAGAGGAUGAUAAUAGUCCUGUAACCAGAUCACGUCGCACCUUACUGACAGCACUCACAGAAUAUCGCUGAAUACAAGCUUCAAGAAACAGCAUUCUCAGUGUUCAGAUGAAGAUUGCAGAAAUCUUAUUUCAGCGUAAUCUUAGAAACAAUUUUUUGUGAAUAAUUUUCAAGGACUCAAAAAAACUUAAUGUGAUAUUGCCACAGUUUUGUAAUUAUCCAAAACUUUGAAGUUGUUAGGAUUUCUUGAAUUGGUGCUAGAAGAAGAGAACAAGAAUUUCAAUUUUUCUGAUUAUAUUUAUUAAAACAAUGGCAGAUCUAGCAACUCAUUCCAUGAGUUACUCGUUAGAGAAUGACCAACUUACCCCAUUUGCUCCCAAUGCUUUUGAUGUUGAUGAAGGAGUAUUUUGUGACUUUGCUUCACAAAAUAAUUCUACAUUUUAUCAAGAAAGGGAAAAUGGUGAAGAAGAAAUUUUGAACAAUUAUGACUCCCUUCAUUGGCCUGAACUUGGAAAGCCUAUAACUAAUGAGUCAAAAAUAAGAAAUGGAUUAAGUGCAAAGGAGUCUCCGGAAUUCCUAGAUCAAGAAAGAAUUUUCUCAUUUUCUGAUGAAGAUUCUCAGAGAUUGAAACUUGAGGGUGAAACUGAUACAAAACCACAAACAUAUGCUGCUGUAUUACAGAAAACAUUAAAGCUGAAACUAGAAAACAAUAAGAGUCUUCGACAUAAUGGAAGUAAUGUGACAAAAAAUGAAAACGGGACAGUAUUAUAUGGAAGCAACAGGGAAAACAACAAUGUUGCUGUAGUUUUUGGUGAUCAAAAGUACAUUUUUAAAUGGAAUUUUAUUGAUAUUCCAUCUCAAAAUGUCCCUGAAACCUUUGAUAGGAAAGAAAUUGAAUAUCUCACACAGAUUUACUGCAAUUUUAUGCGCAGUGCUUUUGAGAAGCUGCCAAUUUGUCCUCAAGGAAAAGAUGUUGUAGAAUUCAGUUCACUUCUGAUGCUGGUUGGCUCAAGGAUAGAAGUCCACGAUGUUGAUGGCAUUUCCCAGCUUUAUUAUUGCCUUAAUAAAGGGUGGACUGAAGAGGAUAGUAUGAUAGCUCACAAAAGCUACCUUCCUCCUUACUGCUUUAUGAGAGAAUAUGAGGGAAUGCAAAAGGAGGAAGAUGAAGGCGAUGAAGAAGUUCUUUCUGCCAAAGCUCAGGCAGUUUGUACAUAUGGAUUUGAUUUAAAUACAGCAUUAAUGAUAUCAAAAGAUUUGUGGGGCUGGAAAAGAUCUCGACUGCCCUACACCCAAAUGUUCAAUGCUGAAUAAUCUCGGUUGUGAACAAUGCAGAAGAGAUGUUAGAAAGUGAUUGUGAGAAGUUUUUAUUUAUGAUUUAAAGCAAGUUUAUUUAAUAAAUUGAAUUCUUUCAUAUAUUAUUUCAUUAAUUGCAUUAGUUUUUCAUUAUGCAUUACAUAUCUUCAAGUUCCAGGAAAUUAGCCUUCUUUUACUGCUGCAAUUUUUUAUUGGAUUUACUGUGGAAACGGAUUUCAAGUAUUUCCAUUUUAAUCUUGGUUUAAAAGUUAAGAUUUCAAUAUUAUGCAGGUGUUCUAUUUGGAAUGUUCAACUCUUUGUAUCUAAAAGCUCUUUUUCCAUGUUGGUUCUGCAAGUAAUGUUUCAAAAUACACUUAUCAUUUUACAAAAUUUUGAACUAAUGUUCUGAUCAUGUAUUGCAUGUGUUGUUUAACGUUACAUUCAUAAAGAAUCUUGUGUAUGUAGAUCUGUUAAUUGACUUUCCAAAUCCUUUUGUUUCAUCAACGAGAUUGAAUACUUUUUGUUUUGAUUCUUUAGACAUAUUUACACUUGAUAAGUUUCUGGAAUUAACUGUAUGUUAUGUAUAAUUGUUGGUGCACAUGAACUCAAUGUAAUGCUGUCACUUUAAAGCAUAUGAAAAAAAUAUGAUGAAUUUAGUCAUGCUCAUGAACCCAAAUUUAUAGGUGGAAGUGAAUGCAGUGUAUAAACUCAAAGAUUAUCAUGAGCAAUCAUUGAAAAAUCACAUCUGUGCCCAUUGUAAAUGAGGAGUAACUUACCUUAUUUAUUAAUGUGAGUAUAGAACGAAAUUUUUGUUUCUGUACAUAAAAUUGUAUGAAGAAAGGUGUACAUAGCUAAUUAGUUUAUGGAAGUACUUAUGUUCUCCAUAAAAUGUGUGUGAAAGUACUCAAGUGUUCAUGAGAAUUGAUAAUACCAGUAUUCAGAGAUCAGGGCUACAGUGCCUAAGUUGCAGCCAUUACCAUAAAGUAAAAAUAUUCUUGAAUGAUUGAAGACAGUAAUAUGUCUUACAAUUUGUAUUUUAAAAUAUUCAAGAAUGUAAAUACUAGUAAAUCGUUUAUCCUGUAUAAAACAAUAUGGUAAAUAAAGUAAUUUUUAAUCUUA